AUGUUGUCAGGCUGGCGCGCGUUCGAAUGCGUGAUAAUGAUACAUGGAAAAGUGUUCGAGCUAAGAAUCCGCGAGCCUCAGUUCGAAAUCGAGCAUGUUCGACCACUUCUAGAGGCCGGUGAACGAGGGAGAGACUGUGCUUGUGGGGUUGCCCAACAUCGAAUCCAGCCGAGCAGAAGCAGGACCGUCAAGGGCAAUUGCAGGCGCCUUUUGCCGGUCGUCCUUUUUCCGAAACCUUUGAAUGCUUUCCUCGAUAGUGGAUUCACUCCUCCUCAACCCUCAUAUGCAUUGUUCGAUCAAUCUAAAUCUCUUUGCGAAGACGUGCUAGAAAUACUCGAUGACUUAGAAGAAGACGAAGAAGAAGCAGAAGAACAGAAUGAGAGAAUGCAACGAGAGCUUCACACUCAAUCUCUCCAAACGCAACAAGCCAUAAGUGAUCUACGCAUGCUCAUUGAAGAACUGAGCGCCCGACAUGCGCUCCACGGUGUUCAGUACGGAGUCAUCCGCCGAGAAAAUGAAAGACAUUUGCGCUGCGCCUUCUGUGACGCCGCCGGCCAGCACUACUCGGACUCCUGCCCCCAGGUCCGGGACGCGGAAUCAAGGAGGCGUAUUUUGGACUCGGAGCGACGCUGCUACAGGUGCUUCAAGGUCCUGCUGAUCGUUUGUCCUGGGGGAGGAUGUGUAGAAAAUGGGCCAACCCGUGCUAUUAUUGCCGAACCUAUGGACAUCAUUCCGCGGUGUGUGAACUCCCAGAAAGAAGCGAGCGCCUCCGCGAGGAACUACGAAUGUUCCUGGAAAACUGAGGUGGGACGGGAGUAUCGCGGCAACGCGAUUUUCUCCAAAGCUGGAGCCGAUUUUCUCCAAAGCCGGAACUGCAUCAAAGAGUGGAAUCUGGACGCCCCUUCACCAUUCGCCAAGGUCUGUUUUAACGAUUUGAUGCUUGGCUACGAUUUCCAGGGAAGAAAGAGCGAGACUCUUACGCAGAAAUUCAUUUGCCUCUAUCGUUUCCUGCUGCAGCAAAUCACCGACCCUCCCUAUAGAAUUCAAGAAUUCUCAGUGCGAAAGCACGAUUUUGUAACAGACUUGAUCGGUUACGGGGACGAGGAUGCAAGGUCGGGCGAUCGGUUGGCGGAGAAGAUGUUUUAUCGCACCGACUUGUUCAAAGCUCUGCAAAUUGCUUUACGCGACGUCAGGAACUAUCGAUACGAUGAUGAGGAAGAAAGAUUCAUACCCAGCAACAUGCCCAGGUCAAAGAAUGUGAACUCGUCGCAGAAAAACUGCAUAAAGGGCUUGAAUUGGAAAGACAAAGAAAGCGAAUUUUUGAUCAAGUUGUUUGUUGACAACUAUGACACUUACUACCCAAAAUUCACAAGUGAUCCAAAACUGGGUAUAGCCAAUCGUGAUGCACUACACGAAGAUUGGGCCGCACAGGUGACAAUGCUAGGAUUUUCCGAGCGCUCCGCCAUUCAAGUAGCUGUAAAAAUCAAGAAAAGCAUCAUGGUCACUAGGAAGUUCAUAAAUCAAAAUGGCACGGACACUGCUGGACGAAAGUACAAAUUACCGCGAUAUCUCAAACCACUUGAAAAGAAACUACGCGAAGAGUACCUUGAACUCAACGACGAUUCUGCCUUUGAUAUCAUAGAUGCUGACGAUUCUGUGAUGCUGUUCGACCUCUUAGACGACGUCAAGGACGAAACUGUAAGUUCUGGAGAAGGAUGUGCGGAAGAAGAUGAGUUAGACCUUGAAUCGGCUCCAUCUGGAAAAGUUGAGGAUCCAAUCGAGCAAACGAUAUCAAUGGUUGCCGCCCCGCAUGUCGAUGCACCGGUGGCACCGGUGCAACCGUACAAUCCUGUCAUUCCGACACCGAAUAUGAUGAGCAAGCGUAAAAGGCGCGCCGAAGAGGAAUUGGAUGAACUUACGAUGAAGAAGCACCGGCUAUUGGAUUCAGAGUUGGAACUUGUAGAGCGGAAGCGAUAUUUAACGGAAAUGAAAAUCACAUAUUGGGAGCAGAAAAUGAAAAAGGAUUUGAACUGUAGAAAAUCAAGUCGGCUGCGCGAUUCAUCAACAAAAUUUUUUUACUGGACACUAUCUCUAUGCGCGAAACGAAAAAAUGACUGUGAUCAGGUGGGAUUCCUGCUGGGCGCUUAUGUAGACAUAUAUAGAUCGGCAACAUGGACCCCGCGCUAG